AUGGACCAGUCGCAGCAGCAGCAACAGCAGCCUCAGGCCGGCGGUGUUGCCGGCCCCGCUGGACGUCGGCUGCACAUCGCCCAUCGUCGUAGCCCCUCCGAGCUGACCCCCCUGAUGAUGGAGCAGCUGGCGAUCCAGCAACAGAUCGAGCUGUUACAGCAGCAGCAACAGCAGCUCCAGGCUACUUACCAGCAGAUGGCCAUGCUCCCUGGCGGCCAGACCCUCGGCGCCAGUGCCUUCAAUCCCCUGCAGGCCAUGACCAACAUGACGCCACAAGCCGGCUUCCAGUUCCCUACCCAGCUGCCGCAGCAGAAUAUUGCCCUGGCUCCUCCUACCCAGCCUCUGUCGCAUCGCCGUAAUCAGUCGGCACUUCCUAACAUGGGCAUGGGCCCCCCACCCGCUCCUUCGUCGGGUGCUGCCGGAUCGGCUUUUGGCAACUUUGACAAUUCUCAGGCUCAGACGACCCAAGGCUCGGGUGGUCGUACUGGCAGGCCCGGCGGCAUUGGAGGAGGUCACCAGAGACGUCACUCGUUGGCCCUUGCAGACGCCAAGAAGGCUGCUGAGAUCGCUCAGCAGAAGCGUACCGCUUCGAACUUCCAGUUCCCAGCUCCUAGCUCUUCGACCUCGGCUGAGAAGACUGAGGACGACGGCAAGGGAUCGACCUCGUCUGCUCCCACCACCACUGCUACUGGUUCGGAAAAUCAGCCUGCGACCACUACGACGACGACCCCGUCGCUCGCAUCGCUCCGUGCCGGCCGCUCCGGCCAUGGCAGAAGCCAGAGCAUGGCUGUUGGCAGCAACGGUCGUGGUGGCCUGGGGACCGGUCGUGGCGGUCAUGCCCGCACGCCUUCCCGCAACUUUGAUGCCAACUGGCGCACCCAGAACCAGAACCAGGCUCAGGACCAGACGGCUGCUCAGAGCCAGGGUUUCCAGCCUGGCCACCGUAGCCGCAGCUCCAUCAGCCACCAGUCUAUCUCGGGACUCGGUGCCUUCCAGUAUCCUGGCCAGCCCCAGCUCAUGCAACUUCCUGGUCAGAUGAUGCUUCCCGGUCUGUACGCUGGACAGCAGAUCAAUCCCAUGCAGUUGAACCAGCUCCAGGCCUUGCAGGUUGCCUCUCUGAAUGGCCAGCAGUUCGCUGGGCUUCAGGCCAGCCAGCAUAACCCUCAGCUCGCCGCUCAACAACCCCAGCAACAGCAGUCGCAGCAGCAACAGCAGCAGCGGAAGACCCUCUUCACUCCUUACCUUCCUCAGGCUAACCUCCCCGCUCUGUUGAACGACGGCAGGCUCGUCGCCGGUAUUCUCCGCGUCAACAAGAAGAACCGGAGCGAUGCCUAUGUUUCUACUCUGGAUGGCUUGCUCGAUGCCGAUAUCUUCAUCUGCGGUAGCAAGGACCGCAACCGCGCAUUGGAGGGCGAUCUGGUUGCCGUUGAGCUGCUUGAUGUGGAUGAGGUUUGGGCUCAGAAGCGUGAGAAAGAAGAAAAGAAGAAGCGCAAAGACAUCACUGAUACCCGGUCCGGCUCCACGGCCGGCACCAACGGCGAAGAGAUUGCUCCCGACGGCAGCAUUCGUCGACGUGGCAGUCUCCGUCAGCGUCCAACCCAGAAGAAGAACGAUGAUGUCGAAGUCGAGGGCCAGAGCCUUCUUCUUGUCGAGGAAGAAGAGAUUAGCGAUGAGCAGAAGCCCCUAUAUGCCGGCCACAUUGUUGCUGUUAUUGAACGCGUGGCCGGCCAGAUGUUUUCCGGUACACUUGGCCUGCUUCGUCCUAGCAGCCAGGCUACCAAGGAGAAGCAGGAGGCGGAACGCGCUGCGCGCGACGGUAGUGUCCCGCGCCAGGAGACCCGUCCUCAAGAGAAGCCCAAGAUCGUGUGGUUCAAGCCGACGGACAAGCGUGUUCCUCUGAUUGCCAUCCCCACCGAACAGGCUCCCCGCGACUUCGUCGAGAAGCACCAGGAAUAUGCCGACCAGAUCUUCGUGGCUUGCAUCAAGCGCUGGCCCAUCACUUCGCUGCACCCCUUCGGUACUCUGGUUGAGAAGCUCGGCAAGAUGGGUGACCUCAAGGUUGAGACUGAUGCCAUCCUCCGUGACAACAACUUCGGUUCCGACGAGUUCUCGGAGGCUGUUCUGCGCAGCGUCGGUCUCCAGGACUGGUCGAUUGCAGGGGAGGAUGAGGCGGCCAUCGCUGCACGUCGAGACUUCCGCGAGGAGAAGGUCUUCACACUUGACCUGAAUGGCUCGGCCGAACUUGGCAACGGCGUUCACAUCAAGACCCUGGAUAACGGCAAGGUCGAGAUUGGUGUCCACGUUCCUGAUGUCACACACUUUGUCAAGCCUAACUCGCUUGUUGACCGCGAGGCCAAGAAGCGUGGUACCGCCGUCAACCUGACCAACCGGUUCUGUGCCAUGCUCCCACCGAAGCUCUCGACCGAGAUCUGCUCCAUCACUCCUAAUGAGGACCGCUUGACCGUCAGUGUCGUCUUCCAAGUCAACCCCCAUACCGGUGCCGUUGCUGAGGGCGACAUCUGGAUCGGCAAGAGUAUCGUUAAGAGCAACGGCAAGCUCUCCAUUGAUCAGAUGGAUAAUGCUCUAUCCAACCCUGCUGGCUUCACUCAUGAUGUCGUUCAGGCCAAGGACAUUCAACUUCUCAAUGUCCUGACUCAGAAAUUCCGCGAGGCCCGUCUCAAGGCCGACGGCGAGCCCAUUGCCCCGCUUCGUCUGGUCAAGUUGCUGGAUGAUGAAAACGUCCCCGUCAAGGGCAAUCUCUUUGACACGAGCGCGGCUAUGGAGCUUGUUGAGGAACUCAUGUGCAAAACCAACACAUUCGUCGCCGAGCGCCUGGUCCGCGGCCUGCCCGACAAGGCUAUCCUGCGCAAGCACGCACCGCCCAACCCUCGGCGCCUGCAGACCUUUGUGGAGCGCAUGACUGCACUCGGUUACGAGAUCGACACUACCAGCAGCGGCACGCUGCAAAAUAGCCUCUUCAAGGUUGAGGAUGCCGACAUCAGGAAGGGCAUGGAGACCUUACUCCACAAGUCGUUCCAGCGUGCCAAGUACUUCGUCGCUGGCAAGACGGCCAAGCACUUGUGGUCUCACUAUGCCCUGAACCUGCCGCUCUACACCCACUUUACGGCUCCUACCAGGCGUUACGCCGAUAUCCUGGUGCAUCGUCAGCUAGAGGCUGUCCUGUCGGAGGGCAAGAUCGAGUACAAUGAGGACGCCGACGCACUCGUCAAGAUUGUCGACUCGUGCAACUGGAAGAAGGACUGCGCGCAGAACGCACAGGAGCAGAGCAUGCACAUUGCUGCCUGCCGCGCGAUGGACAAGAAGCGCCAGGAGGUCAACGGCGACCUGAUUACCGAAGGCAUUGUCAUUUGUGUAUACGAGUCGGCAUUCGACGUCCUCAUCCCGGAGUGGGGCUUCGAGAAGCGCGUGCACUGUGAUCAGCUGCCGCUUAAGAAGGCCGAGUUCCGUAAGGACAAGCGCAUCUUGGAGCUCUACUGGGAGAAGGGCGUACCGAGCUCGGCCUACGUGCCUGAGGAUGAGCGUCCGAAGCCGGCGCUCUCGGCUAGGGCCCAGAGCGCCCUGGAGGCAGCUCGCCGUGCUGAGGAGGCUGAGCGUCUCAAGAAGGAGCGUGAGGAAGAGGCCAGGAAGCGCAUGGAUACCGGCAGCAUCAACACUGCCGAGGAGGAGGCUCUUUUCGAUGACGACGAUGAGAGCAACAUCUCGGAUGUUACGGAGGCCAUGGCCGGUGCUUCCCUGGCGGAGCGGCCGACGCAGAGCGUGCCGGGCUCACCUACUCAGACGGCUGCCGAUGCGGCUGGCGAGCUUCACCGCACGCGGUCCGACCCCAAGGUGCCGACAACCGAUGUACCGGAGGCACGCCUGACCAACAAGGAGAAGUACCUGAAGUUGUUCAAGCUCAGGGAGGAAGGUGGCGAGUAUAUCCAGGACGUCACGGAAAUGACUAGGGUUCCUAUUAUCCUCAAGACGGAUCUCACCAAGAGCCCUCCAUGCUUGACCAUCCGCUCGGUCAACCCCUAUGCUCUCUAA